UUCAGAAUAAAAAUGAAGCUAAAGCUCUAAGUUACGUUAGGUUUAAAAAGAAGAUCAAUAAACGAGAAAUAUUUCAAGAUGAUUCAUUUUAUUCUGUUGUUUAGUAGACAGGGUAAGCUGAGACUGCAGAAAUGGUAUGAAGCUAGAGAAACAUCAGAGAAGAAGAAAAUAGUUCGUGAUCUUACAUCAACCAUUCUUUCAAGGAAGCCUAAGAUGUCAAAUUUUAUUGAGUAUCGUGAUCUACAGAUAGUGUACAAGAGGUACGCCAGCCUCUUCUUUUGCUUCGCAAUAGACAGGGAGGAUAACGAGCUGGGAGCCCUCGAGGUCAUCCAUAGGUAUGUUGAGGUGCUGGAUAAAUAUUUUGGAUCUGUUUGUGAGCUAGAUAUCAUCUUUAACUUCGAGAAAGCUUAUUUCAUUCUUGACGAGCUUAUACUAGGCGGAGAAUUGCAGGAAACCAGUAAAAAAGCUGUUCUUUCGCAAAUAGAGAUGGCGGAUAAAUUUCAGGAGGAGGAAAUCAUCGAGCUUGCGCUGAAGCCUGAAGGACAUGGGACUAAGAUAAUGACCAAUAGAAUACAAGCAACAACAGUCUACCCUCAAGGGCAACAUUUCAAUAUUUUGACAUAUCAAAUAUUCAUUGUUUCGAGUUAAAUCAAUGUUUAGUGAUUUAUGAUUGGAUUAGCCCGAAAUAUUUUUCUUAUGAUCAUUUGAUUAAAGUAAGAUGAUAAGCAGUGUUUAUUUUAUUCCGGUUUUUAUGAUAGUUCCGGUCUUAAGAAAGUUUCCCGUUUUUAGCAAGGUUCUGGUGAAGAGGAUAGUUCCGGUCUUGAGGAAGGUUCCGGUCUUGAGGUAGGUUCCGGUCUUGAGGAUAGUUCCGGUCUUGAGGAAGGUUCCGGUCUUGAGGAAGGUUCAGGUCUUGAGGAAGAUUCUGGAUUUAAAGAUAUUUCCAAUCUUAAGGAUAUUUCCAAUCUUGAGAAAGGUUCCGGUCUUAAUGAUAUUUCCGGUCUUGAAGGUUCCGGUCUUAAUGAAUAUGCUGGUCUUGUGGAAGGUUCCGGUCUUGAGGAUAUUUCCAGUCGUGAGGAUAUUUCCGGUCUUGUGGAUAUUUCCGGUCUUGGGGAUAUUUCCGGUCUUUUGGAUAUUUCCGGUCUUGAGGAUAUUUCCGAGCUUGAGGAUAUCUCCGGUGUAAAAUCGGAUGGUUUCGGCUUCUGGAUGGUUCCGGUCUUCAGGAUGGUUCCUGUCUUCAUGAUGGUUCCGGUCUUUAGGAAGGAUCUGGUCUUAGGACAGUUUCCUGUUUAAGGAUACUUAAGGUCUUUCGGUCUCGAUCAAUCUUCCGGUUUUAGAAAAUGUUUCGGUUUAAAGGAUGGUUCCGGUCUUAAGAAUAAUUCAACUGCAAAGUGUUCAACUAUUCAAUUUCAUUAAGAAUCUUGUUUGUGCUUUGCUUAAAUAAGAAUUUUAAUUUUUGUCUUCUGAGUUUAGGCCUCAACUUUUUAUAGAUUUAUUUGUUUAUUUAGUUUUAACCAUGUCUUUAUUUUGUAAUUUGUAUGAAUAUAAUAGUUGUAUUACUAUUAAAGUUUAACUAAACACUA